AUGCAACCAUCAUGCAUGAUAGAAAUUCAACCUUCUACACCAAUCAAUAAAAAUAAUCAAUCAACUGAUUUCAUUAUUGAUUAUUCAGAAAAUUCUAUAAUCAAUAAUAAUGAUCAAUUUAAUAAUAAUGAUAAUAAUAAUUCAUCUAUUGAAUCAAUUAAUAAUUAUUUAAAAAUUAAAUCAUCGAAUUCAAUCAAUAAUAAUAAUAAUAAUAGUAAUAUAUCAAUUAAUCAAUCAAUUAAAUUAUCAAAUAAUAAUAAAAAUUUUAAUAAAAAUAUUCAAUCCAAUCAUAUGACAUCAUCAUGGAGAACACAUAAAUAUGGUAAAUAUUGUUGGAAAAGUUGGAUUACAUUUGUACAUUUAAUUAUAGCAUUUAGAGCUAUUAUAGUACGUAUUGGUUUUAUAUGUUUUACAUGUACAGCUAUUGUAAGUGUUGUAAAAGAGAAACAAGAUGGAAGAUUUUGGUUAUUAAUAUUAACAAUUAUACCAUUAUUAAUUGAUUUAAUUAUAGCAAUUAAUGCAUAUGUAUCUGGAAAAUCUGUAACACCAACAAUAUCUAAAUGGUUUUCACUGUGCAAUUUCACUUAUCUCAUUUGUGCUUGUCCACCUAUAUGGAUUAUUGAGUUACAUCAUAUGGAUCAAGUGAAUAAUGCAUCUGCUUUAUUUGAGUUGAUGGCAACUAAAAAUCAUACUCCAAUCAUUACAGUUCCAGCAUGGAUAAAUAAAGUACCAUCAAUAAUAUCACGUGAAAAUGAAAGUAUGAUGAUUAUGGGUACAGAAAUUGAGGAAUUCAUGAAUUCAGCUUAUUUGACAACAACAGAGCCUCAGAGAACAAGAAGAAUGACUCGAAAUACAUUUAUUCAUGAGGUCCUAUCGAAUGAAACUAUCGGUUUACAAGUUUCAAUGGAUGUAUUACAAUCAUUACAAUUACAUAAUUUUUCAUUAAAAGAACGAAUACGUAUUUUGGAACAGUUAUUAUUACUAUCUGUAAUUGUUGGACGUUGGUUAAUGCCUAGAGAAGGAUUAACACGUGAUCAAUUAUCUCAGUUGUUAUUAAUUAAUAUUGGUACAGCAGCAGAUAUAUUAGAAUUAUUUGAAGCAUUCAAUGAACAAGAAGUACGUAGAAACGAUUUUCUACGUACUGUAAUUUUAUCAUUAUGGCAAGCUAGUUUAUUACAAUUUUGUUUUAAUAAAACAGCACUUAAAACACAAAAAAAUUAUAAUAAUAAUAAUAAAAAUUUACUAUUAUCUAAAUCCAAUGAAUUAUCUUCAUUUCAAUGUUCAAUUGAUGAAAAAUCAUUAGGUGAUGGUGAAAGUCGAUUUACUGUUAACAAUAGUAAUAAUAACACUAAUAGUAAUAAUAAUAAUACCAAUAGUAAUGAUAGUGAUAAUGUUACAUCAAAUUUAAAAAAUAAAUCACCAAGAAGAAGGAAUACAUUAGCUUAUUUAAAACAAUUAUAUUCAACACGUAAAAAUCAAAAACGAGAAUCAGAAAAUCCAGAUCAUGACAAUUGUAUUAUUAUUAAUGCUGAAUGUGGUUCCACAUUGAAAACACCUGAAUCGGAUGUGCAAAGACAGCAACAACAACAACAACAGUCGUCACAGUUACUUGUUCCACCUUUAGCAUUAUCACCAUCAUCAUCAUCAUCAAUAUCAUCAAACAUUGAUGGUAUACCAAAGUCAGUAUCACAAAAUGAUUUUAUAGAUAAUUCUAACAAUGUUAAUUGUCCAUUAAUUGGUGGUUGUCUCUUGCUAUGUCAUGAACGACCAUGUUUAUGUUGUGAAACUGAAUUAUGGGCUAUUGGUAUAUCAUUAAUGCUACAAGAUUUACCAUUUCUUAUAUUAAGAAUAACUUUAAUAGUAUAUUAUAAUGUGAAAAGUUAUUCAAAUGUAUUUUUCACUUGCAAAAAUACUUUAUUAAUUUUAUUACAAGUGUUUCGUUCCAUUGUUAUAUUAUCUGAAGCGGGUAAAUUUAAUCAGUUAUAAUAAUAAUAAUAUAUAUGUGUGUGUAAUUUAAUGUUUAAAUAGGCAAAAAAAGGAAUAACAAAUUGUCAUAAGGUUAUUAUGUAAUCAUUGAAUAAUUUGAAAAUGAACCAUUUUUUGUUUGACCUUAUUUUUG